AUGAAGCAGAGUUUCAUAGGUCUUGCAGCAGACCCUCUCAAGAAUCCUACUCAGGUGGGAACUGCUCUUCAGGUUUUCCAUAACCUUGGGACUUUGAAGGAUACCAUUGCUAAUGUGGUGGAUGGGUACUGCACAGUCCUGGAGGAGAACAUAAAAAAUGCUUUGGAUAUCAAAGUAUUGACCCAACCUGUUACAAGAGGUGGCCCUGGUAGAGCUGCUAUGCCAACACCAGGGAACACAGCAGCUUUUCGAGCAGCCCUCUGGACAAACAUGGAGAAACUGAUGGAUCAGAUCUGUGCUGCUUGCGGGCAGGUGCAGCAUUUGCAGAAAGUAUUGACAAAGAAACGAGAUCCUGUGUCACAUGUCUGCUUCAUAGAGGAAAUAGUUAAGGAUGGCCAGUCUGAUAUUUUGUACAAAUUUUGGACUGCAGUAACUCAAACACUGUCCUCUCAGUUUCAGUCAGCAACAGACUCCUCUAUGUUUUUAAAACAAGCUUUUGAAGGAGAAUACCCAAAAUUACUGAGGCUUUAUAAUGACUUGUGGAAGCGCCUGCAACAAUAUAGUCAAAAUAUUCAGAGGAAUUUUAAUACAAAUGGAACUGCUGAUCUCUUUGCUGAGCUACAACAAAUGGAAGAAGAUACACAGGACAUGUUCAUGCAAAAAAACCAAGAUUAUGAUCCAGAAAAGGCCUUGAAAGAUUCACUGCAACAAUAUGAAGCUGCUUAUUUGUCAAAAUCCUUAUCUCGACUCUUUGAUCCCAUCAAUCUCGUCUUCCCACCUGGAGGUCGGAAUCCUCCUUCUUCUGAUGAGCUUGACAGCAUCAUUAAAACUAUAGCCAGUGAGCUAAAUGUGGCUGCUGUUGAUCCAGACCUGAGUAUAGCUGUGGCCAAAAAUGUGGCAAAGACCAUUCAGCUCUAUGGUGUAAAGUCUGAGCAGCUUCUGUCUACUCAAGGAGAUGCCAGCCAGGUGAUUGGACCACUCACAGAGGGACAGAGGAGGAACGUGGCUGUAGUGAACUCACUGUACAAACUGCACCAAUCAGUUCUGAAGGUCAUUACCAAUCAGAGCUCAUUUCCAGCAGCCGCUGAGCAGACAGUCACAACUGCCUUGAAGGCAGUCCAUGAUCUAAUGGGUAGUGCUGUUCAGCCGUUACUGAACUCUGUAGGAGAUUCAGUGGAAGCUAUCAUCAUCACUAUGCACCAGGAAGAUUUUUCUGGAUCAUUAUCCAGCUCAGGAAAACCAGAUGUUCCUUGUUCUCUGUACAUGAAAGAACUACAGGGUUUUAUAGCAAGAGUCAUGAGUGACUACUUCAGGCAUUUUGAGUGUUUUGACUUUGUCUUUGAUAAUACUGAAGCCAUGGCUCAAAGAGCAAUUGAACUUUUCAUUCGCAAUGCCAGUCUAAUAAGGCCCCUCGGUGAAGGUGGGAAGAUGCGGCUUGCGGCGGAUUUUGCACAGAUGGAGUUAGCAGUAGCACCACUGUGUCGGCGAGUCUCUGACCUGGGAAAAUCUUACAGACAGCUGAGGUCGUUCAGACCACUGCUGUUCCAGACCAGUGAGCAUAUUGCCAGUAGCCCAGCUCUGGGAGAGGUUAUUCCAUUCAGCAUUAUUCUUCAGUUCCUAUUUACAAGAGCACCACCAGAGUUAAAAUCACCCUUCCAGAGGGCUGAGUGGUCCAUUGCCCGCUACUCCCAGUGGCUUGAUGAUCAUCCAUCUGAAAAGGACAGACUUGCUCUCAUACGGUAA